AUGCCAAAAAAACUUAAAGGGAGGAAGGAAACAUCUGUGGAGGCAGUGGGAAUAGUGCAUGAGCUGGCUCAAGAGGAGGUCCAUGGCGGGACUUUCAUGGAUAUACUGCAGUAUGAGCACAAAAAGCUCCUGAAAUUGGGACUAGUUUGUUCUGCUUUUUGGGAUUGGAUCGAACCAUUGGUAUAUGACCGCGUAGCGCUCACUACAGCACAGAAAGUAAACAAGUUCGCUGCAGCUCUGGAGCAGAAUACCAGCCUCAAAUCUCUAGUACACGGUGUUCACUUUCACAUUACCACUUCCCUGUCCCACACUGCAGCUCAAAAAAGGGCAUCGAAUGCUAUUCCACAGAUUUUAGCUGCGUGUUGCCCAGAGACGUUGACCGUUGAUAUGGAAUGGGGAGCUGGGGUUGUUGGCUUAAGCCAGGAUAUCCAUGACAGCGUUCAGAGCUUUUAUGGAAACAGUGGGAUUUUUCUACGGAAACCGGAGGAAUCUUUUCCCAACCUUCAGAAGCUGCAGCUAGACUUUACGAUAGAAGACUGGUCUACCAGAGUCCGCAACUUAUCCCUGGGAUCCCUGGUGCAUCUUACCCACCUUUGGCUCAUUUUCCAUCCAAGAGUCGGUCACCCUCAACUUUUGGAUCCGUUUUUGGUCAACAAGUUCCAGCCACCUCCGAAGCUCAGGGUCUUAAUCUUACAGUCCUUGGCUACCCAUACCCUGCCAGUGUCCUUGGAGGUGAUCCAGAAUGUGGUAUGGGAAACGGCGGUGGCUAUCAUCAGUGAUUUACCAGCUCCUGAGUUUUUGCAUUAUAAGUUUCAAGUUUCAGGGAUAGAGGACCCCGAGGAGGUCUGGAGAAGGGCUGAGGUAUUAAUUAUGCAACGAGAAGCCUAG